AUGGAAAAGAAUGGCGUGUGGCUCUCCCUACCAAUGCCACAAGAAGAUUAUCUGCUCAACCAAUUCUAUCCACAAACACACUAAACCUUAACUAACAGUAUCUGCACAGCCUCCUCAGCAAAUUAAAGCAAUCGGCAGCUUCAACAAUGUCAUCAGCUGUAGUUGCAGGCACCUCUUCUUCUUCCUUCUCCGCCACUUUCACCAGAAGCCAUUCCAUCAAAACCUCUUCAUCUCCAUCAACAAAGACAACAUUAUCCUCUCAAUCCCAGAAAACUAGUUUUCAAGGUCUAUCACUUAAAGAUGCCAAAAGGGCAUCCUCAGAAAUCUUUAUAGCUGAGAAGAAGAACAGUUUCAGCAAUGCAAGAAAAGGGCUACAGAUCAGUGCAAGAACCAGUGGGGCUUCAAAGACUAUUGAAGUUGACGUUGACAAGCCACUUGGUCUCACUUUAGGUCAAAAGAGCGGCGGUGGCGUGGUCAUUACGGCGGUAGAUGGAGGUGGGAAUGCUGCUAAAGCAGGGCUGAAAGCAGGGGAUCAGGUGCUAUACACUAGCAGCUUCUUUGGUGAUGAACUUUGGCCUGCUGAUAAGCUGGGAUUUACUAAAACUGCAAUCCAAGCAAAGCCUGACUCUGUUUACUUUGUUGUUAACAGGGGACCAGACGUAGAUGUUAAGAAACUAAAUAAAAGACCAGCUCCGCCUCGCUUUGGAAGAAAGUUGACUGAGACUCAAAAGGCUAGAGCCACCCACAUAUGCCUCGACUGUGGAUACAUAUACACUGCACCAAAACCUUUUGAUGAGCAGCCGGACACGUACGUAUGCCCUCAGUGUAUAGCACCAAAGAAGAGGUUUGCGAAAUAUGAUGUGAACACCGGAAGAGCAAUCGGAGGCGGUUUGCCUCCCAUCGGAGUCAUUAUAGGUCUGCUGGCUGGUGUUGGUGCUGUUGGUGCUUUGCUUGUUUAUGGUCUUCAAUAAGGCAGUUAACCUCAACAAGUUUUACUUCUUGUCCUACUUCUUUUCAAUUUUUAUAGUCCAAAGUUUAUGUGGUAUUACACAUUUUAUAUUCUUUAACAUUGCUAGAAAUUAUAUUUUGGGAUAUUUUGGUUUCAUGUGAAUUGUAAGUGUAAAUCUGGAAACUUAUUAGUACCUCAAACGAAAUCAAUUAUUGAAAAUAGUUUUCUUUAUCAA